AUGGUGUGGUUUCCUCCCACCGGGAAGCAGCUCGCCGUGACCGCCGGCUGGUUCCUGACCGGGCUGACCCUCUUCGGCGUCGGCGCCCACCUUUCCUACGUUAACAUCGCCCCGCAGCAGGCCCGGACGAAAGCCCGCAGCGAUUUUGUCCGGGAAUACCUCAGGAAGAAGUACGGCUACGAAGGUGGCCGCAAGUAA